AUGGAUUCAUCACAAAACAAAAUGCAGGAAAUGGAAAAUCUUGCUGAGGAGAACCCAAACUCGUUUUCCGUAGAUGAUUGUAGUCUUGCUUCAUUGUUUUUCAAUGACGAACUAUAUCCUAAAUCAAUUGAUGAACUUUUAGCCGUUUCUACUACUGUUAACAACUUUGCUUCCGAGUUGAAUGGAUCAGAAUCGAAUAAUGAAACUCGUUCUAUAGGUACUACUGAGUUAGGUGACUCAUCCAAAGAUGCAAUCGCACUUAUUUCUGAGAAAUCCCCUGUGGCAGUAGAUUGCGAUAGUUCCAAAAACACAACUCAUAACUCAGCUAAACAAACUUCGAUAUACAGAGGGGUUUCAAGGCACAAAUGGACGGGCAAAUUUGAAGCGAAUCUAUGGGAUAACAGUAGUAAGCUAGAGGGUCGUGUCAAGAAAGGACGUCAAGGUGCGUAUGAUAGUGAAAAAAAUGCAGCGAGGACUUAUGAUUUGGCAGCAUUAAAGUACUGGGGACCAACAGCUACCAUAAACUUUCGAGUUUCCGAUUAUGCAAAGGAAUUAGAGGAGAUGAAACAUGUAGGAAAGCAAGAAUAUAUUACUUCAUUGCGAAGGGAAAGCAAUGGUUUUUCAAGGGGAACUUCAAAAUAUAGGGGUGUUACAAGGCACCGGCGCAGUGGUAAAUGGCAAGCAAGAAUUGGUCGAGUUGCUGAAAACAAAGAUCUAUACUUGGGAUUAUUUGAAAUCCAAGAGGAAGCUGCAGAGGCCUAUGAUAUUGCAGCCCUAAAAUAUAAAGGUGCAAAUGCUGUAACCAAUUUUGAUUCAAGUAUAUAUGAUAUGGAAUCUAUAUCGAAGAAUCCUAUUCCAGUUGGUCGAGCAGCAAAACGUUCGAAACCCUCCAAAAAAUCCGAAAAGAAAGCUCCUACGAGUAGCGCUGGUCAACCUCAUUGUACCAAUGUGAAUAGCGACGUCAAUUUUCCGCCAAUUGCUCCUAUACCAUAUUUUCCAUGCAGCCCCUUCCAGUAUUUUCAUCCUCCUACCAAUGCAGAAAGAGGCACAGCAGAGUCUUCUAAAACUACAACCAAUGCAGGUGCAAUACUCAAUACAAUGACAGCAGCAGCUGAGUCAUUUCUUUGGCCUAAUCAAUUCUAUUGA